CGCUUCCUUCUCCUUCUCUCCUUCUUUUCUCUUCUUAAUUGAAAAAUAGUUUCUUUGUAACUUCAAUCUCGUCUAGCUUACGUCUAGAGCAUUCUAGAGUAGCUGUCUUCUCUGGAAUAUCUUCCUCCUUGCAAAAAACCCCUGUCUCUAUACGGUUGUUGACAAUGUCCUACUUCAAGACCGAAUACCAGCGGUUCCUGGAUAACCCCAGGACUGCUAAAUUGGCCGACGAUGUGUCCAUGAUCUAUGUUCCUACCACGACGAAGUUCGAGCAGGCCGACAAUGUCAUCACUCAUGUGUUGAAGAACGCAAAGGUGGUCAAGACGAAAUCGAACCAGGUCAUCAGCGCCAUUGAAGGCUCAGACUCGCUAUGUCUAGACAUGGAGACCACCCUCGAAUUCACUGAGGGUGGUGGGGUUUAUCUCCCCUCGCUCGACGAUAAUUUCCUGGCCGACCGUGUCGCGACUUUCCCCACGGUUCACAUCGUCCACUUCGACGCCAAUCAACUGAUCAAGCAGAUCCGAAUUUACUGGGAUCAGGCCUCAUUGCUGAAGCAAGUCGAGGUUAUUGGAGCGCGCGGACGCCAAUGGCCCGUUCGUGAUGGAAAAGACCAACUCCGUCUCCUCAGAGCCGCCGAGACGGCGCGUGCGGCACCCUCGCAGCCUUCUUCUCAGAAAACAGAGACCAAACUCCCCCACCGCCCCUCGUCCCCGGGGAAGCGCCGCAUCAAAGAUCCCUACUCAGCCGGCUCCCUGACUGAGCUUCUCUCGCCGAGCAAGGAGAUCGCUGAGCUCGAAAGUCGCGCGGAACCCCCCAGACCUACAUCCUCCAGCACUCCCAGCAAGAGAUAUACCCAAGACCCCUACGGAGCGGGUUCCUUGAAUGAACUUCUGUCCCCCACCAAGAAGGUUCCUGCCCAUGUGGCUCCCUUUGCGCCCUCGUCUGCGCGACCUGCGCAGCGCAACUUCAGCGAUAUCUUCGUGAAGGAUGACGAUGUGCCCGACUCGCCAUCGAAGUCCAAGCGCAGGGCUCCCCGGGUCGAGGAAGAGGACGAAAAGGCCCGCACAGGACCUGUCGACGAAGACCGCCAUUUCUACAAAUCCGCCCCUGGAAAAUACAACCACUUCGAGCUCGGCGGCGAUAACUCGGAGCGCGAGGUCAAGGCAGAAGUCAGACAGGCCAACACCAAACACGCAACCCACUGGGACUUCGAUGACGUCGAGACCCCCGUGAAGAGCUCGCGCGCCGCACGCGGACAAGAAGUGCGCCACUUUGGCUUCGGCGAUAACGAAGAAGGCACCGGAUCCCCCCAAACCAAGCUGAACGUGACCAAGCCCCGUCGCGAUGCAGACCGCCACUUCGAGUUGACGGAUGAAGAAACCGAGGACGAGGGACGGAUCAUCAGCUCAUUCGGGGGCCGCGGCAAGCGCCUCUACGAGAACCGCCUCUUCGACGACAAUGACGGGCCCCAGCUCUCCGAGCGCGAGCAGAAGAGCGAGCCCCUGUCAACAGGCGCCAACGUUGCCAACCGCAAGAAGAACUUCGUUUCGCAAUUCGAGAUGGCGGACGAGCCCGCUGCCAAGGAGAACAAGCCUACCCAGAAGCAUGAAGCGCACAAUAAGAUGAUGGAGUCCCACUGGGAUAACUACGACGAACAGUCCCCCCUGCCUACCCAAAAGCAUACCGCGCACAAUAAGGCAAUGGAGUCACACUGGGGUAACUACGACGAACAGUCCCCCCUGCCUACCCAAAAGCAUACCGCGCACAAUAAGGCAAUGGAGUCACACUGGGGUAACUAUGACGAACCGUCCCCCGAGCCUACCCAGAAACAUACCGCGCACAAUAAGAUGAUGGAGUCCCACUGGGAUAACUACGAUGACCAGUCCCCCGAGCCGGUUAGGCGGAAUGCCACUGCGCAGCACAACCCUCUCGGUCACAACCAGCCCAGCUGGAACCAUGGAAACAACUAA